AUGGGAACUAACCAGCAAACCAUUAUAACCUCCAUCGAGCUUAUCUUCAAGGCAAACGCUUCAGACUAUACACCUCUCGCCUCUCUCCUGCUGCGCGUAUUCACUGCAGAAAAGCCGGACUCAGCCGUUGUUAUAUCCAUCAAUCCCAGUGAGGCAUUCAACAGCAACCUUCUGGAGAUUGCCAGCCGAGCCAGUGGCCAAAUGCUGCCUGCAGGAGCUCAGCGUCUCCGCAAAUUCGAACUGGAGCUGAGCCCACUCGAGUAA